AUGCCUGUUUGCACUUUACAUCUAUUGUCCAUCAAAUGCUCAAUUUCACGGUUCCUUGAGGGCCUGGUGAACGGGAAGGAGCUGAGGCCAGUAAUCGUGGCGAAGGUUCACCGCUGGGUUAUAAUCCCUUCAUUUCUUUCAUUGGAGCUCCUUCGAAGCAAAUGGGAUGUUGUGCUUCUGCUGGAAGGACCUUUCGGCCUUGCGAGCACAGUCCAAGAAUUGGUGGAGGAAGACUGGAAAGUUGAGGUCGGCGUGCCAUCGCGUAUCCUCAAGGACUUCGCGCAACGGAACCAGGCAUUACUAUACCCUACCCCUGGGUCUGUACCUCCAUUGACCGGGGCACUUGAAAAGAGGCACAGCCCUGCACCGAGUUCAGCGCAAGACUUGGAGCUGUCCGAUGAAUUACUCGAAUGGAUAAAUAAAUUCAAGGCCGCCGAGGGGGCUGGUGCUGUGACCAUGCUGAAUAUACUGGCAUUCAAGGAAGGAAUGAAAAGCGAGUACCUCAAGUACGGCCAGGCUUUCUCAGAGUCCGUAGGUGUUAAACGAGGCGGCAAUGCGAAGCUUGUUGGAAACAUACUCUCUCCUUCGCACUAUACCUCCAGGACAGCUUCUGUCGACGGACAGGAGAAGCAGUGGGAUGAGUUUGCCAUGGCUCAUUAUCCUACUAUCAGCCAUUUCGCCGACAUGAUUGCCAGCAAGGACUAUCAGGAAGUCAAUCACAAGCAUAGGCUACCGAGCUUGAAGGACACCUUGAUCAUAUGUGCGACUGACUUGGAACUUCCGUCAGUACAAGAGAGAGCUGCGAAACUCUGA